UCCAUAUGUGCGCCUGUCUCCCAGAGCGGAGGGACGGUGGGCGGUCAGGAAAGGGUUAAGCGCUCGCUGCUCUAUAAACUCGGCUUUAAGAGUCUGCUGGAAGCUACUGGUUCAGCCUUUAAAUACAGUCAUUGGACACAUCCAGCCAGGGGUUUGUAGAGCAGCUGCUGACCCACACUCUGCUCCGGACGGCAUGAAGACGCUCCUGCUCACCUGCGUGCUGCUGCCCUGGCUGGCGGCAGCUUCGGCCAGGAGGUCCGAGGACUCUCAGCUGAUACCUGCAGCUCUGCCCGGCCGGCAGCUCAGUGGAUACUUCACUGACCAUUUGAAAUCCAGAAGAGCCAGGAGGGCGCUGCCUCCUGCUGAUGAGCCCGAUGACAGCCCGAUCCCAGAGGGAGGAGACGCCUCCGAUCUUCCCACCUGCCUGCUGUGUGUCUGUCUGACGGGCUCUGUGUACUGUGAAGAGGUCAGUCCAGACAUGACCUCCGUUCCGACUCUGCCCAAAGAAACCGCCUACCUGUACGCCCGCUUCAACAAGAUCAAGAAGAUCAGCACCAAAGACUUCGCUAACACCGUGACUCUGAAGAGGAUCGACCUGACAGGGAACAUGAUCUCAGAGAUUGAAGACGGUGCGUUCUCAAAGCUGUCCCUGCUGGAGGAACUGUCUUUGGCUGAGAACAGACUGGUCAAACUUCCAAUGCUGCCCAACAAACUCACAUCCUUCAACGCCAACUACAACCUCCUCAAAACCAAGGGUGUCAAGGCCAAUGCUUUCAAGAAACUAACCAAGCUGAUGAACCUGUUUUUGGCCGACAACCAGCUGGAAGCGGUUCCACACAUCCCAGAGAGUGUUCGCAUCUUACACUUACAGAACAACAACAUCACUGAUGUCAACAUAGACACCUUCUGCAGGUCCAAUGACACCUACUAUCUACGGCCAAGCCUCAGUGAGGUCCGUAUGGACGGCAACCCGGUGGUGUUGUCCAAGUACCCCGACAGCUUCACCUGUAUGAAAGUCCUGCCUGUUGGACGGUACCGCUGAGGAGGCACAACUUUACUGUAGCCCAUUUGUUGCUGAUGGAGCACAUUUCCCACAACAGUGAGAUGGGGGAUGCCGUGACGUUCUGGAUUUUGGGGAGCUGGUCCCAUGGUGGGGAUAAAGGUGUUUUUAACUUCAGCAAACCAACAAACAGCUUGUUUCACUGUCAGGUCGAAAUGAAACCAUUCACUGGACUGAAGGUGUAGAGCUGAAGGUGUUUCUCAACUCAUGUAAGGACCUUUUACUUUUACUGACUAUCAGAGAGGAGUAUAUAUAUCUAAACUCCACCUGGUGGAACAACCAGGUACUACAGCUGAUCGACAAUACAUUUACAAGAAAAAACCUUAAUCAGGGCAUCCCCAGUUUAAAUGUUUAAUAUCAGAGUUAUUGAGCGUCACACUCACAUGAAUCUAUGUUGAACUACUUGAGAAGAUGUGAGAAGGUCUCAGUACGUUCCAAACAAACUGUCCAACCAUGUCUAAAAUCAGAAGAUGAUGACAAACACUUUGCUAUUCACUGCACCAAGUGUUUGUCACAUUGUCUGCUUUACAAAAACACAACAUUUAAUUUCAUUAACAUGAACUCUGGGACUGUAAGAGUCUAAUGCAACCCCUUGAAUGAGUGGAGCAGUGCAACACCUCAGCACUGACAGUCCAGUGUAUGGUUUCAUUAUGACCUGACGCUCUGCUACCUGGAUGAAUGAAACUAAACAAAAUGCUUGUGACCUCAAACCAACACAAACACUCAUCUGCAGCCACAAGCCAGCCGAGGGCUGCACUACGAAGCAAGUUCAACAUAGUCAGGCUUUCUCUGGGUUAGCCAAAUCGACAAAACCCAAAACCCCGACCAGGGACACUGGGUAUGAAUCAGAGACUUUCCAUAAAAGAAGUGGGGGUCACGUGACUCUUCUCCUGCACAAAAUGGGAUUGAAAAAGAGUUCAAAGAGGAGUGCUGGUAGGAAACUGUUAAUGCUGUAGGGUAAUAUAGUUAUUUUCCCACUCAGUGACUCUCGGCUGCUAAUUUCUAACUUACAGCUGCGCAUUAGAGCUCUGAAACUUUCAAUAUGGUGCUCAACAUUUAGGUCUGGAACUGUCCCAGACUGAAGGAGGCGUUAGUCUUUGGACAAAUCAAAGUCAAAUUAAGGUUACUGACUGAAUAAAGGAAUAUUCCUGUAUUACACCUGGUACCAUGACAACCCAGUUGUGCAGCAUCAGUUACCACGUUGAUGUAGCUGUGCAAUCUCAGUUGCCAUGGUGAUCCAGCAGGUUAAAACAGAGCCACCUGACAUUGAAAACUGGGCUCCACACACCUCCGUAACUCGUUAACUUUGCUUCGUAGUACAGCCCUCUGGCUGGCUUGUAGCAGCUGUUAGUUUAAAACACAGCAGUUCCUGCUUUUUUACUCUUACUGCAAAGACUAAGAGUCAAAAUCAGGUACAUUCAUGCAGCACCUUUUGCUGCAAAUAAAUUCUUGCAGAAUUAUGUCUCAUUUUAAAUUUUGCAGACUUAGACAGUAUUGAGCUGCCUUUCAGGCUAGCUUUGGAGCAGACACUAAAUUUAAAGUUUUGAAAGUAGAGUUCUGUCAGACACACUAUCACAACUGAAUAAAAACGUUAGAUUAAGAAACAGACAAUGUUUGAACAUGUUUUCGGAGUAAACCGCAGCAGGCAGAGGAAACAUAUUGUACAUGUUUCCUGCCAUAUGUUUUUAUCUUGGGGCUGUAUUUGCAUAUUUUUGCAUGAUAUACAGUCAAAGAAAAAUUUCAUAUUUACUGUAUUCUCGCCUUCAGUUCAGCCUCAGUUUCAGCUCCUGUCUUCUUAAAACCCUCCUGAUGAUUGAUUUUGGGGUUUUUUUUUGUCUUUCUUCACUCAGAAUGUCAGCUUCUCUGAAUAACUUUAGCAGCAACCUUAGCAACAAAGACUACAGUUUGUGAGCAGACAGUCUGAGUCGGGGAAGUCGAGGCUACAUUAGAAACAAAGCACACGCUUUCUACAUACAUGCUUUGGAAGUGCUGCCUUGUAAAGAAAACAUCCUAAUAGUGAACAAGUGUUCAAAAACUACAAAAAUGUCUGCCCCCCUUUUACACGAUGAUACUAAGAAAGGAGAGGAUUUAAGUGAUUUCAGUCAAACAGAAGGAAUACUUGAUACAUGCACGAUGAUCUGCAGUCUAAUUUCGCUUCAUUGUCACAUGGCCGUGGUGACAGUAUAAAAGCCCACAAACCUGUGAGCGCCGUGAACAUUUCUCUUCACAUUAACUCUGUGUUGCUUCGAGAUGUCUUACUUGUCACAAAGAUCCCGGCGGACUCGACGUUAAACUAAAACAUUAGAUUUUCUAGACAGACAAGAGCCAUCUGUAAAUACUUUCCUCAUUGAGGGAAAAGUGGGCUUUGCUCCGCUGCUGUGUGGAUUCAUGUUACUUUUGAUUAUUCUAUUAAAACCGCCUCCAUAAGGGCAGCGACCAUGUAGAUACAACCAGCUGCAGGCUUCCUGAAGUACUUUGUGACUUUGCUUCCCUUUGUUUAAUUUAUAGACUCCAGUUGAAGAGAACUGGGGAUCAACGUAUCUAUGAACUAUAGUAAUGUGAAUGUUACUCAUCUCGCUUCUGUCUGCUUUAACAGUGUCUCGCUUUGUCUCUAACUCUUCCCUUCCAGUAAUAAAAGAUAACUGUAGAGGUUAUUACUGAUGUGAAUAGGACAGUGGUGUACAGGAAGACGUGUAUGUGACAAGGCUAUGUUCAAAGAUAUUUGAAUAAAGUUAAACUUUUUUUUUUUUAAUUUAAAA